CAUUUACCAUUGUUGUGUUGUGGCUAAUUAUUUUAUUUUUAUUUUUUAAAAAAUAAUGACUUCUUCGCAGUCACCGUCGCCUCAACGUUCUCGAAGCAAUAACAACAACGAUGAGAGGCCAAGGUUCUUUGACUCCAAAGCCAAGAACAAGUGUUGGGCAGACGCCGAAACGGUGCCGGGUCGACACCCUGACAGGUGGCGCAAAGAUGCUGCUGGUAACAUAGUCUGCAAGCGCUUCGUUAACUGCUAUGGUUGCCUCUGCUUUGAAUACGAUCACAUCGUUCCCUUUUCUAAAGGUGGUGAAUCAACGGCGGAUAAUUGUCAAAUUCUUCAAACUAGAGUAAACAGGUUUAAAUCAGACAAAGAAAUGGUAGAUAAAACUCAGCUGCAAGGUUAUUCUUGCGACGUCAAAUUUACUGGCAAGGAAUUGGACAUUAUUGAGAUGGCCGUUUAUGGGGAUGUAAUCCGGCCAGGAAAUCAUUGCCGUUGCAAAACUGUAGCAGAAAUGCUUGGUAAAAACAAGCCAAAAGAUCACUUGGCUGCAUGCAAAUUGCCACAAGGUGGUGAAUCGCCAUAGCAAAUGGGAACAAUAUAUUCUGUUGCGGCAUUCUUUGCAAUUUUGAAUUCAGAGUCUCUUGGUAUUAUGUUAGCUACAAUGAAUCUCCACUAAACCAUUUGAACAAUUGUUGUAAGAUUUGGUUCAACUCUUGGCUACAGUAAAACUUGUGCAAUUCAAGGGGACUUUCAAAUUAAAUCUUAAUUCUAAAACA